AUAAAGGGGGGUCGCAAUUACACCUUCAAAGUGAGUGACUAUCCUUUCACAUUUGUUGUGUAAACUGCAGAAAAUAAGUCACACAGCACGAUAACUUUGUGGCCGCUUGACCAGCAGAUGAUGGAAAGUAUUGCUUCUCACAUACAAACUGUUGAGUUUUUAAAAUGUAUUGAUUAAAGUCUAUCGGGAAACUUGCUUUGCCAAUAGUUCAAUCUUUCUCUAACAAACAGAGACACAUUUCGACCCCCUUACACAGCAAUUGCAAUAUGAUGGUGCGGUAGUACGACCGUGAUUACGGUAAAGGGGAAGGAGCCACGCCUCCUCUGUGUAAUCCUCCAUGGACAUGCAGAAGCUCCUCUCCGCUCUCCAUCAUCAUCAUCAACUGCAGAGAAAUGCGAGCGAGGAGCGGUAACACAAUGUCAACCCGGGCCGCUGCGCUCCGCCGCCCGCAGACAUGAGCGAGGUCCCGUCUGCCUCUUCCAGCCGCAACAAGUCGCUCUCGCCAUGCGGAUAAACUGCAAAGUGGUCGUGAUCGCCGUGUGUUUCGGAGUUUUCCUACUUUUGUACUUUUUGGGAGGCAACGCCGCGGACGAUCCGCUGCGGGAAGAAGUUGUCGGGGAGGAGGGGAAAGAGGUGGCGGCGGCGGCGGCAGCUGCGGCGGUGGUGGAGGACGGGCUGUCUUCCCGGUCGCCGCCGGAGCCCGCACGCGUUGUUCCGGCGAAGUUUAGGAAGAAGAAGAUACCGCCCGCCGGAGGAGUCGGCGCGCGUGCGAAGGAACCUCCCGGGGGACGCAAAGAGGGGAGAGCGAUCGACACCGGCGUGUAUGUGAAUGCAAAGAGUAAACGGCGGAAUAACGCGGCCCGACCUGUGGCCGGGCACAGGCGGGUGAAGGAGGUCAUGCACCUGGCCGUGGUGGCCUGUGGGAAUCGUCUGGACGAGACCCUCGCCAUGGUCAAGUCGGCCCUCCUGUUCAGCCUCAAGAGGAUCACGUUUCACAUUUUUGCCGAGGACUCGUUGGCCCCGCAGUUUGACGAGAAGCUGAAAACGUGGCCGCGCUCCAUCUCCACCAAGUUCCAGCACCGGAUCUACCCCAUCACCUUCUCCGUGGGGAACGCCGACGAGUGGAAGAAGCUCUUCAAGCCCUGCGCUGCACAGAGGCUCUUCCUCCCCGUCAUCCUGAAGGACGUGGACUCGCUACUCUACGUGGACACCGACGUGCUGUUCCUGCGACCCAUGGACGACAUCUGGGACCUCCUGAAGUCCUUCAACGGCACCCAGCUGGCCGCCAUGGCCCCGGAGCACGAAAUCCCAAAGAUCGGCUGGUACAGCCGCUUUGCGCGCCACCCUUUCUACGGGGUCACGGGGGUCAACUCCGGCGUCAUGCUGAUGAAUCUCACGAGGAUCCGCAGCACGAUGUUCAAAAACAGCAUGAUCCCCACUGGCCUCUCAUGGGAGGAUAUUCUACAUCCACUCUACCAGAAGUACAAGAACCACAUCACCUGGGGAGACCAGGACCUCCUCAACAUUAUCUUCCACUACAACCCAGGCAAAAAUGUCUCUUCAUAUUUCCGUGCCAGUGGAACUACAGGCCGGAUCACUGUAUGUACGGGAGUAACUGUAAAGGGGCGGAAGAGGAGGGCGUGUCCAUCCUCCACGGCAACCGCGGAGUGUAUCACGACGACAAGCAGCCGGCGUUCAAAGUGGUCUACGACGCAAUACGGGAGUUUCCCUUCGAGGACAACAUGUUCCAGUCGCUGUUCUACCCCAUCCAGACCAAGUUCCUGGACACGGUCAACACCUUGUGCGGUCGGAUUCCUCAAGUCUUCCUCAAGCAGAUCGAGAAGACCAUGCGGAAGGUGUUCGAGGACAAAGUGGUCCGACACGUCAAGCCGCACAAAUAAACUUGAGAGACGUGGACAUGGACUCUCCGUUUUUAAAUCUCCCGGUCCUAGCCAUGGACCGUCACGCCGCCGUCGCCCAGACCCACCUGAGGGUGCUCUGUGUGGGUGUUUGCCGAGUAUAUUCGACACGUUCCACGUCCUGAAUUUGGUCUCGUGAAACAUCGGCGUGGGGGUAAUAAGCCAAUGUAUACAGAGAAGCAUACAGUGCUUGUCAGUGAUGCCGUCGAAUAGGUGUUGCCUUAUUGCCGUCUCCAAAUGUUCACGCUCCAGUUUUUAAACGUAUGAGACGAUUGAAAGAACGUUUUUAUCAUUAAUUUUAAUGUUUUAUUAAGAGUUAUGAAACUAUGAGCUCUACGUCUCAAGUGUGGGCUAAAAGCAACACAAAUUACAAUCCAUUGAUAAACCCGCGCCUCUACAAUCAUGUGAACGUUUUACCGGCAGAUAACAAGUUGAACCGCGAGCUGGGCGUGAGAUGCCAAAUGGCACCGUCGGUAUUCAACAUUACAGCACAACCGAGGAAAUGUGGAGUUUCAUGUUCAAGAGCCGAAUGUUAAAAUGCACUUUCAGAAUGACGUUGCGACUGGAUGGUUGUUCGCACGCAACGCGUCCACAGCUGAUGCUUAUCCGAGGAAACCAAAAGAGUGUAUGAGUGAGUACGAGUGUGUCAGCAUUACUUUCAAUGUGAUUUAAUGAUCUAAAUGUGUCAUUUGUUUGCUCAGCCGCCACGUGUUUUCGGAAUAAAUCAAUGCAAUGUG